CUGCUUUCUUCUCUUUGCAUUGCCAACUGCCACCUUUCUACUCCAUAUUUCCAAUCAAAUUCUCUAAAUAGCCAUUUCUACACAAUCCACCAUGCUUCCCCGCGCCCCUCGAGCCCUCCUCUCCGCCCUGCGCCCAUCCCUCCGCAUCAGCCGGAUCCUAGCACCAGCCGCCAUCCACCCUCAAGUUCCCCAACAAUCCCAACUAAUCCUUCGCCAGAGCUUCCACUCCUCCCCUAUCACCCGCAAGGGCAUCCACCCCGAAUCCUCCGAGCCCCCGGCCCCGAAGCCGCAGUCUCACAAUGUCGCCGGCGCAGCAGUCCAUAUCACAGAGCCGACGCCAUUGACGGAUGCGCAGUACUACGAGUACUCGGAGCAUUAUCUUGAGUCGCUGCUGAAUGAGGUUGAGCGGACGGCGCAGGAGGACGCCUCGGAUUUGGAGGGGGAGUAUAAUGCCGGUGUACUGAACAUCAUCGCCCCCGGUAUUGGCACCUUCGUCUUGAACAAGCAACCCCCGAACAAGCAGAUCUGGCUUAGUUCCCCGAUUUCCGGGCCCAAGCGGUACGACUGGAUCGUUGAAAGCGAGGGGCAGAAUGAGAAGCAGGGAACUCGGACUACUGUCACUGGGCAGUGGGUUUAUCUGCGCGAUGGGUCGAACUUGACGGAUUUGUUGAAUUCGGAGUUGGGGUUGAAUUUGUCCAAGGAUAUUUAUAGCGAAGAGUUAUAUUAGGCAGAGCGGAUGGACUGUAUUAUCUACACAGGAAAAUGAAUUGAUCUUAUGUAUAUCGGUUGUUGAUUCCAAUUUCAUGUCAUGACGAAAUAUACCAGUAUUCU